AUGUUCUCUGCCAUGCUGAUGGACGCCUACCGCGAUGAACGCACCGGGAUCCGCAUCGCCUACAGGACGGACGGUCAUCUUCCGAAUCAACGGCGGAUGCACUUCCAGUCGCGCGUAUCCACAACCACCGUUCACGACCUUCUCUUCGCCGACGACUGCGCCCCCAACCCCACCUCGGAAGAGGACAUGCAAAGAAGCACGGAUCUCUUCUCCACCGCCUGCGAGAACUUUCGGCUCGUCAUCAACACACAGAAGACGGUGGUCAUGCAUCAACCGCCACCCAACACAACCCCUCCCCAGCUCCACAAUGCGCUGCAAAUUUGCGUGAACGGAACCCAACAGCAAGUUGUGGACAACUUCCCGUAUCUGGCCAGUACCCUCUCUCGCAGCACCAAAAUCUAUUACGGUGUCGCCCGCAGGAUUUCCAAAGCCAAUCAAGCCUUCGGUCGCCUCCAAAGCACAGUUUGGAAUCGUCAUGGUCUCCAACUGAGCACGAAACUGAAGAUGUACAAGGCCGUCAUCCUGCCGACGUUGCUGUAG